AUGGGUUCAUAUUCAAAGGUGAAAGCUCAUUUGCUUAGGAUUCCAGGUCAUGAGGUUGAAUGUUGUAAGGCUGUUGCAGGUGAUUUAGUUCAACAAAUAAAAAGAGAACAUGACCAAGUUGAAAUCAAGAGAUUUCAGGAUGAGUUCAAUGAAAGAGAAAAGGCAGAGUAUAUCAAUUUACCCAGCAGUUCAGAUUUUUUGCAACAUAAAAAGAGGAAAGGAGCUGUGGUUGGAUCUUUAGAAAAAUCUUUGAACACUGCACGACAUGAUAUUGCUUACAAGGAAGCUGCUAGGAUGUUCUAUGCCGGUGCAUUACCUUUCAAUUUUGUAAAGUCUCCCUAUUUUAGGCAAUAUUCAAAAACACUAGCAAACAGCAAUUUGGCAGGUUACACUCCUCCUAUGUAUAACAGAUUAAGGACAACUUUGCUUACACAAGACAAAGAACAUAUUAAUAGGAAGCUUCAGCCAAUUAGAGAUUCAUGGAAGAAGAAGGGAGUGUCUAUUGUCUCUGAUGGAUGGUCGGAUAGACAAAGAAGACUUCUUAUCAAUAUGAUGGCUGCAUCUUCUGGUGGAGCAAUGUUUCUAAAAUCAAUUGAUGCUAGCAACAAUAUAAAAGAUGGGGACUAUGUGGCUUCUUUGUUUCUACAAGUGAUCAAUCAAAUUGGAGACGCCAAUAUUGUUCAAAUAAUUACUGACAAUGCAAGCAAUUUCAAAUUUGCAGGAUUACACAUUAAAUCCAAGUAUCCUCACAUCUUUUGGACUCCCUGUGUAGUUCAUAGCUUAAAUUUGGCAUUAAAGAAUAUAUGUGAUCCAUCUGAAAGAUCACAUCAAUACACCCACUGUAAAUGGAUUGCUGAUUUAGUGUCUGAUGUGCAAAUAAUUCGAAAUUUUAUUAUUAAUCAUAGUAUGGCAUUAUCUAUAUACAACAAAUAUUCUAAGUUGAGUUUGUUAAGAAUUGCUGAUACUAGGUUUGCAUCAAGUAUUGUGAUGAGUAAACGUCUAAAAAAAGUGAAGACAGCAUUAGAAAAUAUGAUAAUGGAUUCUGAAUGGAAAUCAUAUAGGGAUGCAAAUGUUGAAAGUGAAGCACAAAAAGUGAAACAGUGCAUUGUUAAUGAUUAG